ACGUGCGUCUAGCCAUACCUGCAUUUGUUGGGCUGUGUUGCUUUUUUGCUUGUGGCUGCCGUUGGCGAGUGCGAUUUGCAGGGGCGAACGGGACUCGAGUGGCCGUCGGCUUCACCGUUCAAGAAGUAGGCCGAAGUCCCUUACAGACUCUGGAUCGCCGUGCCGACCGACUUUGAUCAUGCCGUUGUUCUGAGUGCAACAAGUUGCUACCUUCUCGACGGAGCGACAUGAUCCGAAGAGCGACCGCCUCGGCCUGCGCUCACAGGCAACGUUGGACCAAGUUCUUUCCUGUAUGUCAUGCAAGUUCAUCUUCACCCAACUACAAAGAGAACCAUGGCCACAGCGGAGGCCGGUCAAGAUCUUUCAAGAAAGCAAUGGUGUCAAAUUCAUUCUUGAUGAACCUGUUUAAGGGGGAAGCCAAUAUGGAGCAGAUGUUUCCCUACCCUGACGUGCUGACGGAGGACCAGACUGAGACCCUCCGCAUGGUGCUUGAACCAGUCACCAAGUUCCUCACGGAAGUGAACGACGCAGACAAGAACGACCUGAACGAGAGGAUCUCGGACGAGUCUAUGGCUGGCCUGAAGGAGCUGGGAGGCUUUGGGAUGCAGGUACCGCCCGAGCUGGGUGGCAUCGGAGCCACCAACACCCAGGCAGCGCGGCUGAGCGAGACCAUUGGCAACUACGACCUGAGCCUAGGCAUCACGCUGGGGGCACAUCAGUCCAUAGGCUUCAAAGGGAUUAUCCUAUUUGGGACGGACGAGCAGAAGAAGAAGUACCUCCCUGUCUUGGCGGCGGGCGAGAAACUUGCGGCCUACUGCCUGACGGAGCCUGGGAGCGGCUCCGACGCCAUGUCCAUCAAGUCACGUGCUGUGUUGUCACCGGACGGGAAGCACUACAUUCUCAACGGGGGCAAGAUAUGGAUCAGUAACGGAGGCAUUGCAGACAUCUUUACAGUGUUUGCACAGACGCCGGUGAAGACGGAGUCGGGGGAGACGAAGGAACGCAUCACGGCGUUCAUCGUGGAGCGGGGCUUUGGCGGGGUGACCUCUGGGCCCCCCGAGAAGAAGAUGGGCAUCAAGGCGUCCAACACGGCCACGGUCAAUUUCGACGACACCCCCGUGCCCGUGGAGAACGUGCUCGGCCAAGUGGGCGAGGGCUUCAAGGUGGCGAUGCACAUCCUGAACAACGGGCGCUUCGGCAUGUCGGCCAUCCUGUGUGGCACGAUGCGUUCGUCCAUCUCGAAGGCGGUGGAGCACGCCACGACCAGGGCCCAGUUUGGCAGCAAGCUGGCCACCUUCGGGAACAUCCAGGAGAAGCUGGCUCGCAUGACCAUGGCCCUCUACAUCGCCGAGGCGAUGACGUACAUGCUGUCUGGCAACAUGGACCGUGGUUUCACGGAGUACCACCUGGAGGCUGCGAGCACAAAGGUGACGGCGUCCGAGUGCGCCUGGUACGUGACGGACGAGUCCAUCCAGAUCCACGGCGGCAUGGGCUUCAUGCGCGACACCGGGCUGGAGAGGGUCCAGCGCGACCUCCGCAUCUUCCGCAUCUUCGAGGGUGCCAACGACAUCCUUCGGCUCUUUGUGGCGCUGCAAGGGCUGCAGUAUGCGGGCAGCCACCUGAAGGAGCUGCAGCGGGCCAUGAGGAACCCCACGGCCAACCUGGGCCUCAUCCUGGACGAAGGCUCCAAGAGGGUGUGGCGCGCCGUUGGGCUCAGCACGGGGCCCCCGCUCAACGAAUACGUGCACCCGCGUCUCACGGCCUCCGCCACGCUCGCGUCCAGGAGCGUCGAGCAGUUUGGAGCGGCUGUGGAGCACCUCCUGAUCCAAUACGGGAAGAACAUCAUUGACGAGCAGUUCCUGCUGAUCCGGCUGGCCAACAGCGCCAUCGACACCUACAUCAUGAUCGUGGUGCUGUCAAGGGCCACCCGUGCACUCCAGAAUCGCUACCCCAGUGCGGAGCACGAAGCACUCCUGGUAGACGUCAUCUGCAAUGAGGCUUCGGAACGGGUCCAGAUGAACCUGGGGGCGCUGCGAUCGGGCGAGAAGCUCUCCAACUUCGCCAAAAUGCGGACGGUUGCGAAGGAGAUGUGCGAAGCGGGUGGCCCAGUUCAGCUGAACCCCCUCAACGUCUGACGACCUCCUUAACGAGGUGCAAACCGAACUCAUAGAGACUCUGAACAUUAUGGUGUGUUGUAAGGCGAAAAGUGUGACUGCCUUGCCGGAAACUGCUGCACGGUGUGUGGCGGUGGUCGGGGCUCUUCUUAUAAGAAAUGGGCACAUAGAUAAUUCAAACUUCAGCGGCUAGCAACAGUGAACGCAUGGAUGACACCAUUUGGGAACACCGGCUUGAAGUGCCUCCUCGUUCGUUGAUAAUAUCAGACUAGUAAGUUUGCUGGGUGUGUGCUUUUUUAUCUUUGAAAGAAGACAGAGUCACUUAUUGUAAGUACUAUAUGGUUAGGGAACGGGAUUUUCUUCUGCUCGGAUUUUAGACGGGCCAUCUCUCAGGUUCAGCUGGCUCCGUAGUUCUUUUUUCUGUUAUUUGUGGAACAUUUAAAGGUAAGGACUUCUAGGCACCUGACUACAUUCAUGACAAUGGUAUAGUGGCGACUAAAUGCCAUGAACCUUAUGUGGAAUAGUAGGCGACAAAAGCGAGUUCGACACGCUCGCUCAAUAUUAAAGAUAAGACUUCUGGCGGUGUUGUUAGGAGUGAAUCCUAAAUGUUAGUACAGUAUUUUCCGCACUAUAAGUCGCACUUCGGUAUGUCAAGCAUUUUCGCAGAAAAGUUGGUACUAUAGAAGCCGCGCCUCUUUGCACGGUUCCCACGAUGAGCUUUUCAUUUUACGCGCAUCGAUAUCUCGAAAUGGGAGUUUUGCACAAUCAGCUAGUUCACACAUACUGUUUGAUGUGCAAUAACCUUGACGUUUUGAGUCGCGAAAAAUGCCCGUAGCACGGGCUGUCUAGCGAGGGCAAUUGAGUGUUUUGGAGCAAAAGGACCUAAACGUGCAAAAUGAGAAGGUAGUCGGCUUUAUUCGAGUGUACACAUGCCGAGAGAAUGGAAGUUUAAUGUGCCAGACACUCGUGAAUCAAGCUUUGAACCACUAUGCCUAUCCUAGGCCGAGUCGCAGAGACGACGUGAGCAUCAACGUGCAGGCAAAUAGAUAAAUAUUGACACGCUUCUUUCGGUACCGCCAAAAAGGUCGGUUAGCCGCAAUCCUUUUUACAUGUAGCAACAUGGCUGGAGCAGGGCAGAUAAAAACUGCUCAUCAAGCGGAAACAAAGAAAGACGCGGAAAAAUUUUCUGUAAUGCGUGCAUACCAGCCAACUUACCUUUCAGUGUUACUGGACUGAAGCAAAAUAAUAUGAAACCGUAGCUGAAUUAGGCGACGUCCAUCACAGGAGCUUUAUUCUUACCGUCUUGCCUACCCACAUUGAGCCGCUUCGGGGAAACUGUAAAGUUUCUCGUUUUCCGAGUCACUUAUGAAAAGUGUAGAAGAGUGUGGCGACAACAGCGCUUCUGGAUGGGGCAGCACCACCUACGGCUACGUAGUUACGAGGCUCCGUAAAAGUUGUCGCAUGGCGCAUAAAAAAAAUUAUGUAUCAAUGUGGAUUAAAACAAAAACGCAUACAAGUGGCAUCGUUGUACAAUACACACCAAGAAAAAUAUUUGUAAAAAAACGCGACUUAUACUCUGGAAAAUAUGGUAUAUGAGUAUUUUGUUGUUUCUCAGUUUAAAUAUAAGUUUUCCUGAGGUGAACUAGUAUUACGCCUUGAAUUAGCUGUUUUUGGGGGGGUUUCCAAGCAGUGAAGUUGCUUAAAAAGGUGCCAGGGUGUCUCGAUAGGGGCGUACAGUAACUAUCCAGAAACACAGCGUGGUCUAAAUACUGCGGAUACAUUUUCGCUUUAUGGUGCUUCAUUAUGCAGCGCGUGUUUAGUACUUAACGAGCAUUUCUGCAGAUAAAAGCUCUAUGCUUCAGAGAAGAAAACAAAGUAAAACUCUAUGGCCAGCAGGCUGCAGAUAUCCGUUUACUUCAAUCACAGGUUGGGUCUUAGGUUUGGAAACCUGUCUUUCUUCACCAGUCCAACUCCGAUUUCCUGUGACAUCGCUAGGCAAAUAAUGAAACUGGUUAGUAUUUAAUGACUCUGCGAUUGAAGAUUACUUCUUUGCAUGUGCUGUGUUAUACAAUUGCAGAGUUGGUCACUCGGUGCAUACGACGGCCAUAGUUGUAUCAGCUAAUAUUUUGGGGAUGCUGCUAAUUUUAUCGGGAUAACUAUUUUGGAAUAUGAAAUACACAACAGGAAAAGAAAAAGCUUUUGUAAAAAAAAUGGGUGUAGUUAUCGAUACUUUUUUCGCGAGGGUUUGUCAUUUUUUUACAAUCAGGAACUAAAAUUUGGCAUUUAAUAAUUAUGUUGCAGUAAUGGAAAGGUAACGUCGGUAAAAAUGUCUCUGGAGUGUGCACUCCAUGAACGAUGGGGCGACUCGAGGAUUGGAAUGAUUACCGCCAUCGAGGGGUUUCUGGAAUAGGAUGUGUAGGGGGGUGCCUUUGUGGAUGAUAUGCGCAGGGUUAACCUCUCCUACAUUUACAUAUUCCAGUAAAAAGCAGGGGUCUUACGGAAACACAGUCUUUCCACUACCACAUAUUUAUUAGGUGCUGACCGAGCCACGAAAUACAUUGUGUGCGCAAGAAGUUGGAGGAAGGACUUGCAAAAAAAUUUUGGAAUGUGUUCUGGCACAUGAACCCUUUCCCCGGUUACAUUAAAAUGGUACGUUGAUGCAAAUUGC